AYGUCCAUGUACACGCAUCAGUUAGUCUACACCAACUAGUGAGCUGACAACAUGAAGUUCUCGAUUGUCGUCCUUGCACUCUUUUUAUUUGUCUGCUUUGAACUUUUUCCGACAACAUGGAGCGGCUCUUUGCCAUUCUUAGGUAGAGGACCAACGAGCAGGAAACCAAGUCUCGCCAAACGUGUGCUUGGAGGUCAAGCUGCCAAAGCUGAUUCGUAUCCAUUCCAGGUAUUCAUAAGGAAGACUUGGCGAUACCUGCCACGUUGCGGAGGGGUUGUAAUCAACGCAGACUGGAUAUUAACGUCAGCUAAGUGUGCCUWUAACACCAAGAAAAGUGCACUGACCGUAUUCCCCGGACUAAAGAUGGUGCCCCAAAACGUGACCACCCUUCAAAACGGUUACAAAGUCAAGAAGAUUAUUAUUCACGAAGAUUUCAACAACACAACAUUAGCUUCAGAUGUUGCUCUUCUUCAACUGGAAACACCAAUUCCAUUGGUAGACGAUAUUCAAGCAACCGCUGCACUACCAAAGCAGGGCCAUAAAGUAGCUACUGGCACUAAGUGUAUGUUCUUAGGUUGGGGCAUCAGUGAUGUCAACAUGACGGUUACCAUGGUAAACAACACAGAAAAGUUCGACGUUUACAGUAUCACGAUCCCACAGAAACUACAAGAAGCAGAAAUGACAAUAACUUCCCAUGACUCCUGUGCCAAGAAGAUGUCAAAUGUUUUUUGGAUUAAGACUGUUCAUGUUGAUGAGGAAACUAUGAUUUGUGGUGAUGGACAAAAUACCAAGUCGGGCUGUAGCGGGGAUAAUGGCGCACCCUUGGUGUGUAAAGAGGGAGCUCACUGGGUCCUACAGGGUAUUGGUAGUUGGGGUGAUGUCUGGUGCAGGCCAGUCCAUUACACCGUGUUUACCCGGAUCAGUAAAUUUGCUGACUGGAUCAAACUAAAAACCCAGUAA